AUGGGGCUAACGGAACCAAGAGACGACAUCCCAUGCCUUGUGGAACUCAAGGAGACCGCAGACGACAGUAUGUGGGUGACGGCGACCUUUCUCGCUCUUGUGUCGAUGGCUACAGCUUGCCUGCUCAUGUACUACAAUGGAGACGUGCCGUUUGUGGCGCUGAAAGACCUUGACUUUGUCGAGCAUGUCUGUGUCCGAAACUUCCAGAAUUUCGUGGACCGUGGUUCGUGUGAAAAUUCUUUCAGGUUUGAAACAAUGGCUUCAGCUCUAAGCUACGUGACGUUUGCAUUGGCAAAGCACCCGAAAAUUCAGGAGAAAGUCAGGAAGGAAGCUGCCGACGCUAUCUCAGCUUCGUAUCAUCUUCACAUGGAACCGCGUUUCUGGCCCAAUCCUGAAGAAUUUAAUCCCGGCAGAUUCUCUCCGGAGAACUCGUCUGCGCAGAAAAAGUGCGCGCACGUGCCCUUCGGAAUCGGACCACGCAACUGCGUCGGCAGGAGGAUGGCGCUCCUCCAGCUCAAGUACGCCGUUGCCAGGCUUGUGCUGAAGUAUCGAUUCGAGCUGGGCGCUUCGCAAGAGGUGAGUAGCCCGAUUCAAGUACUCGUGAGGAGUAGAAUUGCUUCCGCUCUAAUUACGUUGAUUGCACUGCACUGGGAAAGAAUGGAUAAAUUCUGUUGUCCCUGUCUUGAGGCCCUUAUUUAGGGCCUCCAAAUAUUAAAAAAAGAAUCGUCAACAUUCCGAAAA